GCAGCGUUUGACGGCUAGGAGGCAACUAAGAAGAAGAAGGAAGUGGUGGCGGUGGCUGCCCGGGUGGUUGCGGUGGGAGUCGAGGUGGGCGCGGCGACGCGGGCCGGGGUGUGAGCGGCGGCGGCCGGGCGGGCAGGCUGGGCGGCGGGCCCGAUGUGGCUGCAGCAGCGCCUGAAGGGGCUGCCGGGGCUGCUGUCGAGCAGCUGGGCCCGCCGCCUCCUCUGCCUGCUCGGCCUCCUGCUGCUCCUCCUGUGGUUCGCGAGCCCCGGGGCGCGGCGGGCGGCGGGCGGCCUGCACCUGCCGUCGUGGUCUCGCAGCGAACCCGGCGCCGCCGAGCCGUCUGCCUGCCUGGAGGCGGCCACUCGCGCGUGGCGCGGCCUGCGCGAUCGCGGCGAGGCGGUGCCGCUGGGCCCCGGGGUGCCAGCCCUAGUGGCCAACGGCUUUCUGGCUCUGGACGCCGCCUACAACCGGCUGUGGGUGACGCCCGGUGAGCGGGAGCCUGCAGUGACGCCGGACUUCGUGCCCUUCGUGCAGCUACGCCCGCUGAAUGUGCUGGCUGAGGCCGGAGAGGCGGUGCUGCUGCUGCGGGAAGGCCUGCUCCGCCGGGUGCGCUGCCUCCAGCUGGGGACUCCGGGCUCGGGCCCUGCCGCUGGUGUCCCCGGGCCCGCCUCGGCCUCUGGGCUCUCUGCGGGGUCGGGCCGUGACUGCGUGCUACUGCAGGAGGACUUCCUGGCUCACCGAGGCCGACCCCACGUCUAUCUGCAGCGCAUCCAGCUCAACAACCCCACGGAGCGCGUGGCCGCGUUGCAGACUGUGGGGCCAACCACGGCCCCAGUCCCCCCCAAGUCCUUCACCAGCACUCUGGAGAAGGUCGGAGAUCAUCAGUUUCUCCUCUACUCUGGCCGGUCCACACCCCUUCCGUCGGGGCUGGUGCACCUGGUAGUGGUGGCCUCUAAGAAGUUAGUGAACCGGCUGCAGGUGGCUCCCAAGACACAGCUGGACGAGACAGUGCUGUGGGUGGUGCAUGUCUCUGGUCCCAUCCACCCCCAGGUGCUCAAAAGCAAAGGAACCAAGGAGCUCAAAGUGCUGCAGGACUUGGCGAGGAAGGAAAUGUUGGAGCUGUUGGAAAUGCCUGCCUCGGAGCUGCUUCAAGAUCACAAGCUCCUCUGGGCCCAGCUGUUCAGCCCGGGUGUGGAGAUGAAGAAGAUCACGGAUGCCCACACGCCGUCUGGCCUGACCGUCAACCUGACGCUGUACUACAUGCUGUCCUGUUCCCCAGCCCCACUGCUCAGCCCCUCUCUGAGCCACAGGGAACGAGACCAGAUGGAGGCGACACUCAACUACGAAGACCACUGCUUCAGCGGCCAUGCCACCAUGCACGCUGAGAACCUGUGGCCAGGCCAGCUCUCCUCAGUGCUGCAGAUCCUGCAGCUGGCUGACCUGUGGAAGCUGACCCUGCAGAAGCGUGGCUGCAAGGGGCUGGUGAAGGUUGGCGCUCCCGGCAUCCUACAAGGCAUGGUGCUCAGCUUCGGCGGGCUACAGUUCACAGAAAACCAUCUGCAGUUCCAGGCCGACCCUGAGGUGCUCCACAACAGCUAUGCGCUGCAUGGCAUCCGCUACAAGAAUGACCACAUCAACCUGGCUGUGUUGGUGGAUGCCGAGGGCAAGCCCUACCUGCACGUAUCUGUGGAGUCCCGGGGCCAGCCCGUCAAGAUCUACGCCUGUGAGGCAGGCUGCCUCCAUGACCCAGUGGAGCUGACCUCAGAGUCGGGGGGCCACACCUUCGCUGUCAUGGUGACACAGCCCAUCACACCUCUGCUGUACAUCUCCACUGACCUCACACACCUGCAGGACCUGCGGCACACGCUGCACCUUAAGGCCAUCCUGGCCCACGAUGAGCACAUGGCCCAGCAGGAUCCCGGCCUGCCCUUCCUCUUCUGGUUCAGCGUGGCCUCCCUCAUCACCCUCUUCCACCUCUUCCUCUUUAAACUCAUCUAUAAUGAGUACUGUGGGCCCGGAGCCAAGCCCCUCUUCAGGAGCAAGGAAGAUCCCAGUGUCUGAGUGAACCUCGAGUCCCGCUCUCGGCCGCCGUUUGCACAAGACACCCAGCACUGAGCAUCCUGCUGCCGCAUGAACAGGGAGCCUUUGGAAGCACCAACCCUUUGUGCCUUGUGGGGGAUGUGACUCAGAAGCGCUUGUGGGUACAAGAGUCUGCACCGGAGGGGAAGGAGGGCCGAGGACUUGUGUAAGUUUUCCCGUCAAUAAAACAAACCUGUAGGAGAAGACUUGAUGUUGAGCCCGCUCCUUCCACCCCCCUUUCUCCUGUCCAGGAGAUAGAUCCUCUUUAAAGACUUGGUUAGGAAGAAUUGUGUUCUUUCCCUAAUUUAACAUGUUCUUUCUUGAAUGGAUUUCUAAUUUAUUUUUGUUGAAGUUUUGCUGGGUGGCUUUUCAUCCACCCUAGAUCAGGACUGUUGGUGACAACAACCGAUCCCUGCCACCUCAUUGGCACCCAGAGGCCCCACACAGGCUGGAGGCUGGGCCUGCGACCCAGCUGGCCGCCCUGCCUGGUGUGGUGCGGUUCCCCUGCCCUCCCUCCUGGUGUGGUGCGGUUCCCCUGCCCUCCCUCCUGGUGUGGUGCAGUCCCCUGCCCUCCCUCCUGGUUUGCACAUUGCCUCUUUCCUAUUUGAGCCACUGGGGUCUGUGCUUUUUACUUCGGGUCCCUGGGAGAGGUGGUUAACUUUCUAGUGAUGAUGGUUGUUGGGUUUUGAAAUACCAAAGCUUUUUGUUCUUUUUUAA